GUGAAGCGGUGUCCGUGGCAACAAGCACAGGAAGUGACGCGCAACUGUUUUAAAAACUGCCACACAACAAACUGAAGAGGAGACUUUGAUGCUGUUCAACUUGUGAUGGAGAAGUUAUAGACAACCUGAAGCGCUCUUCUCUUGUAACUAACCGUGGCUUCGUAACGUGAAACAUGUCGUUUGUGAGAGUCGGGCGUCCACAACAACACACUAAAGGAAAAAGGCCUGUUCGCCCCAAGAAGGCAGCAGCUCCCCAAAAAGACUGGGUGAGCACUGUCAAUGACCUGUCUGUGCACAAGCUGUCACCUGCAGAGCUGAGCCAUCGGCACGAGAUUCACAAGUCCCACAACAAGGCAGCGGCUCAGUGGGAGCUGAGGGAGAAAGCCCUACAGCGUCGUUUUAGACACCCUGGAAGUCCUGCACCUCUAGACCACGCCAGCCUCAGCAUCAUCAGGGAGGUGUUCUCUGACCAGCUGCUGCUGCAGGAUGUGCUGGCUCGCUCCGACAGAGCCAUGGCUGUGGUCAAAGACUUGUUUGGAGAUGCUCCACGCAGGCAGACUGGGCACCCCAGUGUGACGAUGGCUCCAAACUGUGACUCUGACUCAAGGCUACCUGUGCUUCAAAGACCAGAUCCUCCAACGCAGCUGUCACUGCUCAGCCAUUCUAUGAUGGACCAACAGGCUCUUAAUGAACUCGAAGCUUCAGAGGAAGACCACAGCGAUGAAGAUACCUGUCCUACUGGGAGUUCAGAAUAUCAUGUAAUCCAUAGGGCCAAUGUACGAAAAAUGAAGGCACACUCUCGGAGUACAGUGAUACAGCGACGGAAAGUCCAACGUCCCAACUCUGACCAGGCAGACAGCGAUAAUGUUCCUGUAACCCCCUGCACAUCAGGCAGAGCACCGGCCCAAACAGCUCUCAAUGCCUCAGUGGUUGUCAGGCGUGUUCGGUCCAGACAAAGCCAGUCAGAGGAAGGCCAGGGGGAACCGUCAGUCCUGGUUUCUCAGGUCCUGAACCCUGAGCUGCCUCUCAACCAGUCAGGCAGGAUCAGUAGUCGCACCAGCAGGAACAGGAAAUGUGUUUCUCAGAGUUCAGAGCUGGAUGGCUCCUCUGUCGCCUCUCUCAGCGGGGACCAGUCCAGUCUGGGCCUGCUGCAGGCCAUGCUGGGUCAGGUGGAGGCAGACUUGGAUACUCUGAGUCCUGACACUGUGCCAGCUUCAGCACAGAGUCCAAAACAACACAGAACUCAAGGCCUCACUGGAUUCUCUGUCGCCUUGGUCUCCACUCUGGGACGUUUAGUGCACCUCCUCAAACAGAGGGAAGAGGAAGCUCAGGAAGAGGCUCGGGAGAGGAGACGACUGGAAGACGAGUUGAGAGAGCACCGUGGGCUGAUAGAUGCUCUCACUGCUGAGACGAUGACUUUGAGAGAAGAGGCCACCGCCCUGCAGGCUGGGUUGCAGCAGCGGACAACUGAGCUGGAGCAGAAGCUGGACACAGUGGUGUUGGUGAUGGGGGGACUUGGACUACUGGAGGAACAUGUUGACCCACCCCGAGACUCUGAUGUCAAAGCUGCAGCUUGUCAGUCAGUUGCUGAGCGAGAUCCUGAACAACUACAAGCCUCUGUCUCUCCUGCCGUCUUGCUCUCCCCCCCUCGACAGAGAGACAACUGGCAACAAAUUCCUGUGAUCCAUCCUGUACUGCUGCACCAGGAGCUUCCUUCUGUAGACAUCCUGCAUUCCCGCGAGGACGUCCGCUCCUACAGCUCAUCCUGCAGCGUCACCAGCCUUCCUCUCACCAGCCUACCCUCCUCUUCCUCAUUAUCGCUGACCUCCGACCCCCUCAGCUCAGAGCUCUCUCCAGAGGCCAUGCUGGCCGAGAUCGCUCAGCUGAACAGACAGAACGAGCUGAUCAAGGCCCGACUUAGCCAGGCUAGGGGCCUGGGGUCAGAGGUCGAAGGAUCGCCUGACAGUGGCAACGAGCAGAGGAGGUCGAGGUCCAGCAGCACAGGGAGAGUCACACCCCAAAGUGUCGGAGAGAGGAGGACGUCAGUUUCCAGCAGCACGGGGAGAAGGCACGUCCAGGCUGCUGAAGGAGAGCAGCUGACUAAUCAGGCAACAUCACCCAACACCCUCCAUGUGAGCAGUGUGGAACAGCGCCUCCUGGAGCUGAACAGACAGAGUGCAGCGGCGAGGGGUCGACUGCUGGAGCUCAUUGAGCAGCAGAAGCAAAGUGUUGGAGCCAAAGUUUCUCCCUCUGGUUCCCCCAUCCCUCCUUCGGCCUUCAGCCCACAUUCAGCAGCUGGAGGAGGAAGUCCAGAGGAGUCAAUGCUGCUGCCUGCACUGGAGCUCCUGUCACAGCCUGGUGAUGACAGACGAUCUGAUGGUUGUGAAGUGUCUUCUCACAGUCUUGGAGGCGAAACGAGGGAUGGCAAAACACAGAUGGAGAAACGGAGAGAGAGAGAGGGGUGGUUUGCCUUGUCGUCUCAUGUGAGAUGACAAGAGGAGUAAUUAUUUAAAGGACAUGUUUUUAGUAUUUUAUCUAUGCAUUUUAAAUGACUGAAUUAAAUGUGUUUUAAAAUGAA